AUGGACAGAAUAACUAUACUUUGUUGUGUGAACGCAAGUGGGACUGACAAAAAAAAACUUUUAGUGAUAGGAAAAAGUAAAAAACCUCGUUGUUUUCAAAAAAUUUCUUUACAAAAAUUACCGGUUGAGUAUCAUGCAAAUAAAAACGCAUGGAUGACUUCGGCCAUUUUUACCGAUUGGUUGCAACGUUGGGAUAGUGAGUUGAACAAAACAAAAAAAGCUAUAUGUCUCGUUUUAGACAACUGUACUGCCCAUCCUAAUAUAUCUUUGAAAAACAUCAAGCUUAAGUUCUUACCACCUAAUACAACAUCACUAAUUCAGCCUUUAGAUAUGGGUGUUAUCCAAAAUUUAAAGGUUAAGUAUAGAGCAACACUGGUCAAUUACAUUUUAGAAAAGAUUGAAGACAAUUUACUUGAAUCAAAAUCAACAGCAAUAGAUAUCAGUAAAAAAAUUAAUAUCCUACAAGCAAUUCAAUUUAUUUCAGACAGCUGGCGUGAUGUAAGUAGUCAGACAAUCAAAAAUUGUUUUCGAAAGUGUGAUUUUUUGGAGGAAAGUUAUAACAUCGAUCAACAGUUGGAACCUAAUUCCGAAGAAAAUGAUAACGUAAGAGUGCUAAAUAACGUAGAAUUUGAACAACUGGAUUCAAAUAUACAAUGUUAUGACCAAAAUGAAUACGUCGAUGAUGUAAUUAUUCAAUCCAUACAAGAUCAACAUAAUUCAGAUGAAGACACUGACGAGGAACCAGAUCCACCAAUCCGACUACAUGAGGCAAAGAAAUCUUUGGAAACAUUGCGAUUAUUUUUUCUUCAACAAGGAAAUGAAGAAAGCCCGAUAAGUGCUUUGGAUACUUGUUCGGACUACAUUCGUCAACAAACAUUAAAAUGUAAAAAACAAAGUAAUAUUCAUAAUUUUUUUAAAUAA